CUUGGUGUCCGGCUCAUUCACAUCCCACAGUUCAAGCAGUGUACACGUGGAACACCUCUGCCCCGUCUGUUCAAGGCUUCCGUUUUGGUUUCCGUUCAAAAUUCCAGUAAAAAUUCAGUGAGGAUGGGGGUGUUGCAAAACGUUCACCGGUUGCUGCUGCUGCAGCGUCAAGUGGGACCGUUGACGAUCAAGCGGAUGUACGACGUCAAGACGAGGCUCGCGAUCCGGAAGCGGCGUUUGGCCAUCAAGAAGAACGACAUAGCCCCGUGCUACAAGGCGGUGCGUCGCUCCGAUAACCGCUGCAACCAGCCGCGCCUCAAGCUGCCCGCGAAGGAGUGCGUCGACGAUCCCUGCACCGACUUCGAGAUCCCCAUGGACCUGGAGAACUACACGCCGAGUGACAAGGCGAAGCGCCACUACCAGCGCACCUGGUGCGAGUGCUACAUGAUUCCCAAGGCGGCGGUCCAGGCGAAGAAGAAGUACCCGAAUCGACCGCGGCGGGACCUGCGCUGCGUUGAAACGGAGGUGUUCCAGUGCCGCGACGAGGACCUCAAUCCACCGGGCAACGUACGCCAGAAGCCCGAAAAGCUGAUCGAUGUGCCGCGGAUCGGCGAGUGGCCCUGCUGCAAGAUCACCGUGCCCGGAUGCCCCAAGGCCCGCAAUCCGCCCUCCUGCGACGCGGGUCGAAUCCCGUCCUGCUGCAAGAAGCGGCGCACCCAGUAUCCCAGCUUCUCCGAGUGCAUCAAGAUCGGUCUGCUCGACCCCAUUCCGCCGUGCGAGUGCGAGAAGAAGGUCAACCUCUGCGACGUCUGGGCCUAUUGGCGCAAAAUGAACCACUAACAUGGUGUGGUAGCCAAGGAAAUCUAGAUCUAGACCGGGUGGAUGCCCCAAAUCUGCGGUGAAAGUAUGCGUACACAAAGUGACUCGCAUGUAUUACCAUUCAUACUUUGUUUAUGGUUUCGUUCAUAAAAUACGGAUCCUUCAGCAUCAACAA